AUGGAUUUAUGGUGUGAAUAUCAUAAGGAGCACGAUCACAUUUUGUCUCAAUGCCGUGAACUAAAGAACUUAUUGGAUAAACUGGCCGAUGAAGGUCACCGGGAUGAUAGUCACCACAAGAAUCUGAGGCACUCUGAUGGGAAUAAGCAACAGUCCGAGGCAACAGAAGGAAUAAUUCACAUGAUGUUCGAAGGGUAUUCGGAAUACUACCCCAGCAAUCGGUCAAUCAAGGAUAGUGUUCAUAUUCUGAACGCUAUGACCGUGGUAGAUAAGCAAACUAUUGAUGGGCCGAAAAUGAUUUUUGGAAGAGAAUUAAGCCAGUCAAUUCAGUUUGCCCAUGUGGCGGACUGGGCUAAUCAGUUGGCCAAUUAUGGAAUUGAGUUCAAACCAAGAACGACUAUCAAGGCACAAGCUCUUGCGGACUUCCUUGCAGAAAUGACCGGGUCGAUGGAAGAGAUUCCCCUGGAAAAGGCAUGGAAAUUAUAUGUCGACGGGUCUUCCACUCGCUUUUCAUCUGGAGCAGGGUUACUAAUAGUCUCCCCCGAUGGGGCGAGGCUAAAGCAUUCGGUACGAUUUAGUUUCUCUGCCACUAACAACGAGGCCGAAUAUGAAGCUCUGCUACUAGGGUUAGGAAUAUGUCUCGCUUCCGGAGCUAAAAAAGUUGUCGCGCACAUGGAUUCACAAAUGAUAGCCCAGCAAGUAAAAGGGGAAUAUGAAGCGAAGGAUGAUAGCAUGAAAAUGUACCUUGCAACGAUUAAGCAACGGUCAAAUUUCAUUCGUGGUCCUCCUUCACAUACCUAG